AUGAAGUUACAGCAUAAUCUAAUUUGCGUGCUAAUUUUUGGACUUUGUGGCCAUAUCGGAUCAAAUUUAGCUCCUGUGGUGUUCAUACCUGGAGAUGGUGGAGCUCAAUUGGAGGCCAAAAUAAACAAAACUCAGAAGAUCCAUUACAUAUGUGAAUCAGUAUCAAACGAUUUCUUUAACAUAUGGUUGAACCUAGAACUUCUGAUGCCUUUAAUCGUAGAUUGUUGGAUAGACAAUGUAAGGUUAAUAUAUGACAACAAAACUAGAACAACCAGAAACAAUGACGGAGUAGAUAUAAGAGUUCCUGGCUGGGGUGGAAGUGAGACUGUCGAAUGGUUGGAUCCCAGUCAUGCAUCUACAGGAAAAUAUUUCGUAGGAAUAGGAAACACCUUGGUUGAAAUGGGGUAUGUGAGGAACGUUAGUAUUAAAGGAGCUCCUUAUGAUUUUAGGAAAGCACCAAAUGAGAACCAAGACUUUUUUGUGAAUCUCAAAACCUUAGUAGAAGAUACCUACAAAGAAAACAACAAUACUCCAGUAGUACUGUUGGCCCAUUCCAUGGGUGGGCCCAUGUCACUGACAUUUUUAAACAGGCAGACUCAAUCUUGGAAAGAUAAAUAUAUUAGAUGUUUGAUAUCUUUGGCUGCUGUUUGGGGAGGGUCUGUUAAAGCAGUAAAGGUAUUUGCAAUUGGUGAUGAUUUGGGAUCGUACGCCCUCAGAGAGAGUGUAAUGAGAGAAGAACAGAUAACGUCACCGAGCUUGGCUUGGCUGUUACCGUCGAAACUGUUUUGGAAACCAGAUGAGGUAUUGGUGCAGACUGAUAAGAAAAACUACACGAUCAAUGAUUUAGAACAAUUUUUUCAAGGGAUCAAUUAUCCUAACGGUUGGGAAAUGCGGAAAGAUACAGAACCGUAUCAAGUGAAUUUUAAACCGCCAGGCGUUGAAGUUUAUUGUUUAUAUGGAACAGGAGUUAAGACUGUGGAAAGGUUAUAUUACAAACCUGGAACUGAUUUAACGGGGUAUCCUACCCUGAUAUACGGCGAUGGAGAUAGUACGGUCAAUCGACGCUCUCUAGAAGGAUGCAUACACUGGCGAACGCUUCAGAAACAAAAAGUGUUCGUGCAAGAAUUACCGAAUGUGGAUCAUUUGCAAAUUUUGCAGGACAAAAGCACUCAGCUGUACGUUAAAGAAAUUCUUAAAAAGAUAGCCAUGACAAAAAGAACAAAACGACGAAAAAGCUACAAGGACUAUUUAGGAAGAUGGAGGUGGAAUUGA